CGUCAUAACGAAUACAUACUUGCAUGGGACGUAGAACGACUGGAAUAAUUGAUGUGAUUCAUGUGGAGAAUUCAUGCUGUAAUCGGGCUGUAGGCUUUGGGUUAUGAGAGAGCAGAGGUCAGACAAGCACUGAUUAGAAUACUAGUUUCUCUACAUCUCUAAACAUGACCUCAGGAACAUUCUACGCAUUACUGGCUGGCUUCCUUGGUGCCUUUGCCUCCUCAUCAGCAAAGCUAUCCAUUGGGGCAGACUACCUCAGAGAGAUAUGUGAAACAGAAUUGAAAAAUUGGGCUGGUGGUAAACAUUGGCCUAAUCAGAAUGUCACAACUCUCUGUGAACGGCUUCAUAUCCCACUACACCUGCUGUGUGGAGGUUUUCUGUUCAUAUGCAACACAGUGAUGUGGACCUUCUUCUCCAAGGCCCUUAAACACUCCUUUUCCUCAGCCAGGGCCACUGUUGCUACUACUGCCUCCAACUUCAUUUCUUCUACUUUCCUAGGUAAACUUCUCUUUGGAGAAACCCAUACAGCACUUUGGUGGGUGGGCAUCUCACUCACCUUAUCAGGGUUACUGCUUCUCAAUGGUUGCCAAGCUCGAAUCCAGCAAAAAGACAGGAAGGACCAAUAAUUGAUGGCUUUCUACGCGUUCAAAGGAACCAUAGCCUGGAUGAAGAGACUGACUACACUCUUAAGAAAUUGAAGUGGAUUACAAUGUGAGAUGGCAAAGAUAAGAUGGUUGGUCUACUUGGAACCAAAAGCCAUUUGUCUGCAUUAAGCAAGACUAAGGCCGAAUCCCAAUAUUCUGUCUUACCCCUACCCCUAGCCCCAUCAAUUACAAGGCAAACGCCUUGUAAUUGAUUUCAUUCAUUUGCAAUGUUAUUAAAUAUCUAGUUAAUUUUAACCUUACUUUGACCAUUCUUGCUCUGAUUUAACCCAUAGAGUCAAAUAACUGUAAUUAUAUUGGUAUUGGCAUUAUUUGGUGAACGUUAAUACACUGUUCAGUUUUCCCUCUUCCUUUAAACUUUAGGGGAAUUUGUUUUGGUUGUUUGGACAAUAUUAAACCCCCUACAGGCCCCUUAAUUUCCCCACUGUGGAUUAGUAUAGUAAUCAAUCUAACUGACUGACUACAGGCCUAUUUCUUAGUUCUGCUUUCUUGGCUAAAGUAUUUGAAUGUGUCGUUUCCUCCCAGCUUCAAGACUACCUGUCCUUACACAAAUUGCUUGAGCCAUUUCAAACUGGCUUCUUGGACCUAUACUGUCAGGGUGACAAAGCCUUCUG